AUGAGGUUCUUCACUUUCGUUCCCAUCGCCCUCGCUGGCCUCUCGGCCUUGUCUGGCGUUUUUGCUCAGAACCCUCAAGCAGUCAUCACUAACGUCAAAGCGGUUACGAAAAUAUCCGCUGACCUCCGCGUCGUUGUGGCCCGCACCACUGUCACCAACGUCUUUAGUCAAGCUCCGACGAUCGUCACCACCUUGCAGAAAAUCGUGUCCACUGUGACGUCGGCAGUAUCUAGUAUCUCCGUGUCCGACCCCAAACCUUUCACUGAAGAGGUCUCAACUGAGGUAGUCGAGGUCCUGACUGAGUUCGUAAAGGUACACCAGGCGCUCCUCCAAACGAUCAUUGGCAAACACGGUCUUCUGGCUCGGUUCGCCUUCGCUACACCUGUUCGCCUUGCCUUGGUGGCUAUCGAGAAAGUCGUGGAUAGCUUCGCCUUCGCGAUAAUCAACUUGAUUCCUACUGGCAGCAAGAAGUCGGAGGCCCAACGGCAAAUUGCUUCCCUGGAUGUGACACUCAAGGCUUCCAUCAAGACCUACUCCUAG